AUGCAGCAGGAAGCUGACGGCAGGCUGCUUGAGGUGCUCAGCGAAACACUUAUGCAGCAGCAGUCAGACUCUGUGAUUGUGUUGGUAUGUGCAGCCAUGGUAAAGCAGUUUGCGCUGCGUACCGAGUACCACCGGCGGAUGAUCGACCUGGUAUUUCUGUCUGCAUUGCUCAGUGUCGCACGCCAGUCAGUGCCUGAGCUUGAGAUUUUGCGCAUGCCGGUGGAGAGUCUCGUGUGGCUGUGUACUUUUCUCACAGCAUAUCGGCUGGCAGCAGCAGAAGAAAAUGCAAUGGAGAUGGCAAAUCCACAGAUGGUGCAGCUGCUGGAGCUGGGCACUGUUGAUGUCAUCCCCGCGUGUGUCUGCAAGGAUGACCAGGUUCAAAUGGGUGUUACAGUUCAGGAGCUAUUGGGGCAACCAUUUUAA